AUGGAGAGCUCAGUUUUGAGUAUUUUAGUUGGGCUAUGGCUAAUAACUCGUUUUGGAGCACCUGAAGAGGAGCCAAUUGUGCCAGCCAUGUAUUUGUUUGGAGACUCCUUAGCGCAUGCAGGUAACAAUAAUUAUAUUCCAAACUGUACAGCGCGUGCAAACUUCAUACCAUAUGGCGUCUCCUUUUUCCCCUACCAAACUGGUCGUUUUACUGAUGGCCGUACCGCUUUCGACUUUGUUGCUAAUUACUUGGGGCUCCCUUUUCCCCCUCCUUGUCUCCAACCAAAGGCAGAUUUUGCAAGAGGGAUGAAUUUCGCAUCGGGAGGUAGCGGUUUGCUCGACUCAACAGCUGCCACACAGUUGGAGGCAACGACAUUGGCAGGAUCCUACAUAGCAAACACUAGUUUCCAAAAAACUACAACUCCAGCAAAGUUUGUCGCUGUUGUGCUGGCCAGAUUUAAUCAAUCUAUUGUAAGGCUCUACAAUGGUGGGGCGAGAAAAUUCCUUAUAUUCAACAUUCCACCUGUGGGUUGUGUUCCUUACACCAAAUGUAUUGCUUAUAAUAUAUCACACGGGGAAUGCUUGGAUAUCGCAAACCAACUGGCUGUGGCAUAUAACAGUGCUUCCAAGUCACUUGUCAUACUCCUCAAUGAAAUACUUGACGGAGUGAUCAUUAUCCAACUUAAUGCUUAUGAUGAAUUAAUGAACAUAAUUCAAAAUCGUAAAGCCUAUGGAUUUAGCGAUUCUAAGUCGGCAUGCUGUGGAUCGGGAUUGUUUAAUGCAGAGGUGAGCUGUGGAAAGACUAAUCCACCGAAUUUGUUUUGCAGCAAUAUAAGCACACAUGUUUUCUGGUAUGGAUCUCAUGGCACUUACAAACAGUGCACAAAACCUGUCAGAGAUUCUGAUUCUGGAUAA